AACAAAUAGAAGUGUACAACUUCAUAAAAUAAAAUAAAAAUGGCUUCUCGUAGCUUUCUCUUUAUUUAUGUGUUAGUCAUGUUUUCUCUAGCAGGCAUGGCGUUUUCGGACUUGUCCGAUGAUUUCUACCACCAUAUUUGUCCCAAAGCUUUACCAACCAUUAAACGGGUUGUUGAGGAUGCAGUCAGAAAAGAGAGACGAAUGGGUGCUUCUUUGCUACGUUUACAUUUUCAUGAUUGUUUCGUUAAUGGUUGUGAUGCUUCAAUUCUUCUUGAUCAAACUUCUACUAUUAAUAGUGAAAAGACUUCUCGUGCUAAUAACAAUUCAGCCAGAGGAUUUGAGGUGAUUGAUAAAAUUAAAUCAGAGGUUGAUAAAGUUUGUGGACGUCAAGUUGUGUCUUGUGCUGACAUCUUAGCUGUUGCAGCUCGUGACUCUGUAGUUGCUCUACAUGGACCAAGUUGGAAAGUGAAACUGGGAAGAAGAGACUCGACUACAGCAAGUAGAACCGCGGCCAACGACAAUAUUCCAACUCCGUUUAUGGACUUACCUGCACUUAUCAAAAACUUCAAGAAGCAAGGUUUGGAUGAGGAAGACCUCGUUGCUCUCUCCGGUUCCCAUACACUAGGGUUUGCUCAAUGUUUCACCUUCAGGAAUCGCAUUUACAAUGAGACUAACAUUGAUCCCACCUUUAGAAGACAACGCCAAGCAAAUUGUCCACGUAGUGGAGGUGAUUCCAAUCUUGCUCCACUUGAUCCAACACCAGCUCUUUUCGACUCAAAAUAUUUUAGUGACUUAAGGUCCAAGAAAGGGCUUUUACAUUCUGAUCAAGCACUAUUUAGUGGAGGAAAAACCGAUGAUCUUGUGGAGAAAUAUAGUAAAAACUUAGGAAUGUUUUCGAAAGAUUUUGCUGAGUCUAUGAUUAAGAUGGGUGAUAUCAAGCCAUUGACCGGAAAGCGAGGCCAAAUUCGUGUCAACUGCAGGAAGGUGAACUAAGAAGUGCUAAUGAUGUUGAUGAAAUAAUUGUUUGAAGAAUCUGUUUAUUUUCAAUUGUAAGUGUGAUUUUUAAAAAAAAAUUAAUAGGCUAUCGCCUAAAUGUGUUGUAUUUCAUCAGAAUGGUGGAACACAAGAAGGACCGAACCAUACCUCCAAAAUAAUUCGGAGUCAAGCUCUCCAAAAAAAUUGUAAUUGUGAUGUUUGCUAGUUUGGAUUCUUUUUGUCAUUUCUUAUAACAAGCCAGUUUUGUAUCAUGUUAUUUCA